GUGGGAACACGACGACUUUUUUUUCUUCCUUCUCUUCUACGGUACGCCGCAAUAAAAAACCGUCGACUUACUCGAAUGCGGUCGAAAAUGAGAACAAGGAUGGAGACAUCGUCGGCCGCUGGGGAGGCAAAAGGUGGAAAGGGGGGAGGGCGUGUUCGUUCGUAGGCAAUGGUGGUGCUGAGGAUACCUCGGAGGGUUUCAGUCGUUUCCUUGAUGCUUUCCUCCGUACGGACGCAGUGGCACAAGGUACGGUGCUACAGAGCGGGAUGGGCGGAUGGGAAUAGUGAGGAGACAAGAGAAGGAGUUGAGAAUUUACCCUGCUUUCGUGCUUCGCCCCGACGUUGGAGUCUUGAAACUUACCGCAAACGGAAUAUACGAUGGUUUUGAUGCUGUGUUUGCCAAGUUUGAGAGUGCAUCGUACGCUACACCAGACUUAUGAGAGCCGCACGAUGAGGAAGAAACUGCCGAUGGGGGUUAAUUGGGCUCUUGGAGGGGCUUGAAGAAAGAAAGGCCUUGGCAAGUCAUCAAAGCCAAGAGCAACUGCCGCGUUCAGCCAUGUUGGGGCUACUUGGACGAGGCUAUCUUGGGUCGGUGAUCCGUCCGUGGUGUUGGUGUUGUCGAUAUCGAUGCAUCGGGCAAGAUGUCAAGAUGCUCGACGGGUGUGUGUGUGUCUCCA